AAGAUCCUAUACAUGUCAAACCUUGAGGGCAUGCAAAUUAGUUUGUAAGUUUCUCACGUUAAAAGACUACAUAUAUAAGGAUCCUUCUCCACAACUAUUCAGCAAGUGAGCAACCAGCUUUGUGUACUUGAGCUAAAUGGCGGCCAAACCAGUUACAGCAAAACCUCAGAAGAAGUUACUUCUUAUCGAUGUGGACUGUGGUACUGAUGAUGCCCAGGCCAUUAUGAUGGCAUUAGCCGCUCCUAAUGUUAAAGUUUUAGGAAUUACAUGUGUAGCGGGAAAUACUGGAUUAGAAAAUGUCUGCAGGAAUGUUCUACGUGUCCUAAAACUGUGUGACAAAUUAGAUAUUCCAGUAUUCAAAGGAGCAGACUCAGCAAUCCUAGGAAAGAACAUAAAUGCAUCAGAUUUUCAUGGAGUAGAUGGGCUGGGUGAUGUACCAGAUCCAAAUCCCCCCGGCCUGCAAUUGUUACAGAAGGAACAUGCUGUUGACGCAAUAAAGCGCUUUGCUUCUCAGUAUCCAGGCCAGAUCUCUUUGGUGGCUACAGGUCCAUUGACCAACUUGGCCUUAGCUGUAAGGAUGGAUCCAACAAUACCGCAGAAACUGAAAAAUUUAUACAUAAUGGGUGGAAAUAUGGAAUCAAGAGGAAAUACCUCUGCUUGUGGAGAGUUUAACUUCGUUGCUGACCCAGAAGCUGCCUACAUUGUCUUAAAGGACUAUUUGUGUACAACCUACAUUGCUACAUGGGAGCAUUCAUGUCGCUCCAAGCUUCCAUGGGAAUGGUAUGAUCAAUGGGUCAACUUGGGGACAAAGAAAUCUGACUUCAUAAAGAAGAUCUAUGCUCAUAGCUUGCAGUUCUCAAGAAGUGAGAAGGAAGAGAAGGCCAUUGUAGAUGGACCUGGAUUUGUCUCUUGCGACUCGUAUGCGAUGGCUGCAGCCAUUGAUCCCAGCACUGUCACCAAAGUCAUUGAAUGUGGAGUGACUGUGGAGCUUAAUGGGACAUACACUCGUGGGAUGAUGGUGCUAGAUUUGAUUGAUGAGCUGAAGAAGAAGAACAAAGCCAUUGUUAUGAAUGGAUGUGACCUGGAAAAAUUUAAGGCACUUAUGCAGACUACUGUCAAAUAGGAAAAAAAAUCCUGAUUGUUGUUACAUGGU